CUCUGAUAACUGAAAUAUAUUAAUGAGCCGCAUAAAAUAUUUAUCACUAAUCCCACUGAAAAGGAUGUUAGAGUUGCGGGUCUUUCUGCAUCAGAUAUUUCAGAUUAGAAAUAGAGUGUUUGCCGAGUAAAUUGCGGGGACCAGUGAGUAAUUAGAACUUAUAUUGGUCAGAGACUUAAAGCAGCCUUCAAGCUUGACAUUGUUUGGUGUGGAAAAUGACUAACGAAAGCAACGCUAGUUGAAAAACUUCUGAUUUCACGGGGGAGAAAAACUUGCCUAUACCAAGGUGUAUACCCCAAUCUCUCUAUCUAUCUCCUCUUGUGGCUUAUCACGCGAGGAGAGUGAUAGAGAGAAAAAGGGUAUACACUCCGUUACAUGCAACUUCUUCUCCUCAAUGGGACUGCUCGAAUUGUUUAUCUAGCCUACAAUAUAAUAAGCUUAUUUGAUAGGGUAAUGCAGUCUUAAAGACAUGACUGCAAACUUGAGGUUUAUAAAAUUGCGAAACUGAUCUUACUGGUUCAACUUCAAGACCAAACCUUUUGCAGAUGACUUAAGGAUCUCUUAAUCAAUACCGAUACAUGUCGAAGAUUAGUAUUAUAAUACAAACCCAACCUCGUUAAUAAGAAUAGAAAAAUCUUUUUAUUAAUUGAAGAUAAACUCCGCUUACAGAUCAUAUAUUCUUUCUGAUAUAGAUAUCAUGUUUUGUUUAUACAAGUUGAACCCUGAUGAGAAACACUUGCAUGCACCGGGGAUAGGACAACAGUCCCUCCAAUCACAGUCCGACACGUGCCCAUUUUCUGACAAAAUUGGACAUGUGGCGGGCUGCGAUUGGAGGGGGAUAGGACUGUUGUCCUAUCCCCAGUGCAGGCAAGUUUUUUCCCUGAUAAUGGGGAGGCUGGUCAACCAAGACAACUAUUAAGAAAAAAUCAACUAGACAAUCUUCUUCAAUCCGCCCUGCUUGGUAUAAGUUAGUGCCAAUAAUUCAACACAAAAAUAAUUACCAGGAAAUUUCAUGGUAGAAACGUCCGUUUCAAGGGAUCCACAAAAACAUUGGAAUAUAUUCCAACUAAAGUCUCAACCUUUUUUUCUUGCCAGAGCACACCUUUCAAUUCCAAGAAAAAUGAGUUUCCUCUCUCUCAUCUUAUCUGCCAUCAUUCUCACCACUUUCUGUUGCUGUUCUUUGAUUGUUGCUCAGCAGCCUUAUGAGGGCCAGGCGUUUACAGAUUGUUACAACACAAACACUUACUCAAAAUCUGUUCUUGGGUACAGCUGCAAUGGAGUGAACAAAAGUUGCCAAACUUAUCUCACCUUCAGAUCCCAGCCUCCUUACAACAGUGUUUCUGCAAUCUCUGCUAUGUUGGCUUCUGACCCGUCUCAGAUUGCGGAGAUAAAUUCGGUUUCCGAGACUGCAACAUUUGAAACGAACAAGUUGGUGAUUGUUCCAAUCACAUGCUCCUGCUCAGGUGAUUUCUAUCAGCUAAACACAUCUCAUGUUGUUGUGCAUGGUGAUACAUAUUUUGUAAUUGCAAAUAACACUUUGCAAGGCCUAUCAACAUGUCAAGCUAUGAUGAACCAGAAUACUAAUCUCACUACAAAAGAGUUGUAUUCUGGUACUAGACUUAGUGUUCCUCUUAGAUGUGCUUGUCCCACAAAGAACCAAACUGAUGUGGGGACCAAGUAUCUUUUGACUUACAUAAUCGCUCAAGGGGAUUAUGUUUCAAAGAUUAGUGCUAGAUUUGAUUCGGAUACCGGAAGAACUCUUGAAGCUAAUGGACUUUCUGAGCAAGUCUCUACCGUUUAUCCCUUCACCACACUUUUAGUUCCUUUGCAAAACCCUCCAUCUAGUUCUCAGACCAUAGAGCCACCCUCAUCAUCACCAUCACCUCCGGCGCCACCUUCCACUUCCUCUAAUAACUCAACGAAAAAAUGGGUUUAUGCCCUUGUUGGGGUUCUUGGAGGAGGUGCUUUUGUGUUGGUCAUAGGCAUCAUUAUCUUCUGCACAUUCUUUCGCAGAAGCAGAGGUACGAAGGGUUUCAAUUCAAUUAUUGUCUCGGAGAGCCUUGAGGCACUUGAGAAACCACUAGAGAAAAAGGAGGAAGAAGGAUCUCAGGACUUCUUAGAGGCUCUAUCUGGCAUAGCUCAAUCCCUCAAAGUUUACAAAUUUGAGGAACUGCAACGCGCAACAGAUGACUUUAGCUCCACCUAUUUGAUUAAGGGGUCUGUGUAUCGUGGAAGCAUCAAUGGGGAUUUGGCAGCCAUCAAGAAAAUGAAUGGAGAUGCGUCCACAGAGAUAAAUUUACUAAACAAAACCAGCCAUUCUAAUCUCAUUUGCCUGUCAGGAGUUUGCUUUCAUGAUGGACAUUGGUAUCUUAUCUAUGAGUAUGCUGUCAAUGGACCCUUGAGUGAUUGGAUCUAUUACAGCAACAAUGAUGGGAAAUUUCUGAAUUGGACACAAAGAAUAAAGAUUCUGUUGGAUGUGGCCUCAGGGCUUAAUUAUCUCCACAGCUUCACCACUCCUCCCCAUGUGCACAAGGAUAUAAAGAGCAGUAACAUUCUUCUUGACAGUGACUUCAGGGGCAAGAUUGCAAACCUAGGUCUAGCAAGGUCAACCGAAGCACCGGAAGGUGAGGUUCCUUUGACAAAUCACAUUGUUGGAACAAUAGGAUACAUGGCUCCUGAGUACUUGGAGAAUGGUUUGAUCUCCACAAAGCUUGAUGUCUAUGCAUUUGGAGCUCUCAUGCUAGAAAUACUCACUGGAAAAGAGGUUGCUGUGCUUUAUGAGGAAAAUAGACAAUUGUCUGAUUUAUUAAACUCUGUGCUGAACGACGAAGAUGGACCGCAGAGUUUGAGGCACUUCAUCGAUCCUUCUAUGCAAGAGAGUUAUCCUCCAGAACUUGCUCUUUUUGUGAUCAGAUUGAUCCAUAGUUGCUUAAAUAAAAACCCAGCAGCUCGCCCAGCAAUGGAGGAGAUGGUACAGUUUCUCUCAAGAACUAUGAGCAAUUCACUCGGUUGGGAAUUGUCAAGCAACAUCUCAGGCUACCAAGGUACAGAGGGAUUUAUUGAUGGUAGAGAAACUGGGACAGGAUCUCAAUCAACUACUUAGUUUAGUCAACUUAGAUUGUGUUGUAAUUUACUGCUUGUUUUGUUCUUUUAGAAAUACGGCAGUUAAGAUUCGUCCGAUACUUCUUGUUCCUCAUUAUGCUAAAGAAAUAAGGUAAUUUAUUGCAUUA